AGUCCUCAAUGUCUCUCUGAACAGCCCUUAGGAAGAGUGCGAGAGAAAGAGAGCGCGCGCCAGGGAGAGGAGAAAAGAAGAUGAGGAUUAUUUGCAGACAGAUAGUCUUGUUAUUUUCUGGAUUUUGGGGACUCGCCAUGGGAGCCUUUCCGAGCAGCGUGCAAAUAGGUGGUCUCUUCAUCCGAAACACAGAUCAGGAAUACACUGCUUUUCGAUUAGCAAUUUUUCUUCAUAACACCAGCCCCAAUGCGUCAGAAGCUCCUUUUAAUUUGGUACCUCAUGUGGACAACAUUGAGACAGCCAACAGUUUCGCUGUAACAAAUGCUUUCUGUUCCCAGUAUUCUAGAGGAGUAUUUGCCAUUUUUGGACUCUAUGAUAAGAGGUCAGUACAUACCUUGACCUCAUUCUGCAGCGCCUUACACAUCUCCCUCAUCACACCAAGUUUCCCUACUGAGGGGGAGAGCCAGUUUGUGCUGCAGCUAAGGCCUUCCUUACGAGGAGCACUCUUGAGUCUGCUGGAUCACUAUGAAUGGAACUGUUUUGUCUUCCUGUAUGACACAGACAGGGGGUACUCAAUACUUCAAGCUAUCAUGGAAAAAGCAGGACAAAAUGGUUGGCAUGUCAGCGCUAUAUGUGUGGAAAAUUUUAAUGAUGUCAGCUAUAGGCAACUUCUAGAAGAGCUUGAUAGAAGACAAGAGAAGAAAUUUGUAAUAGACUGUGAGAUAGAGAGGCUUCAAAACAUAUUAGAACAGAUUGUGAGUGUUGGAAAGCAUGUUAAAGGCUACCAUUAUAUCAUUGCAAACUUGGGAUUCAAGGAUAUUUCUCUUGAGAGGUUUAUACAUGGUGGAGCCAAUGUUACAGGAUUCCAGUUAGUAGAUUUUAAUACACCUAUGGUAACCAAAUUAAUGGAUCGCUGGAAGAAACUAGAUCAGAGAGAAUAUCCAGGAUCUGAGACACCUCCAAAGUAUACAUCUGCUCUGACUUAUGAUGGAGUCCUUGUGAUGGCUGAAACAUUCCGAAGUCUUAGGAGACAGAAAAUUGAUAUUUCCAGGAGAGGAAAUGCUGGGGAUUGUCUGGCAAAUCCUGCUGCUCCAUGGGGCCAGGGGAUUGACAUGGAGAGGACGCUCAAACAGGUUCAAAUUCAAGGACUGACAGGGAAUGUUCAGUUUGACCACUAUGGACGUAGGGUCAAUUACACAAUGGAUGUGUUUGAGCUAAAGAGCACAGGACCUAGAAAGGUUGGGUACUGGAAUGAUAUGGAUAAAUUAGUCUUAAUUCAAGAUAUGCCCACUCUUGGCAAUGACACAGCAGCUAUUGAGAACAGAACAGUCGUUGUAACCACUAUUAUGGAAUCCCCAUAUGUUAUGUACAAGAAAAAUCAUGAAAUGUUUGAAGGAAAUGACAAGUAUGAAGGAUACUGUGUAGAUUUGGCAUCUGAAAUUGCAAAACAUAUUGGUAUCAAGUAUAAAAUUGCCAUUGUCCCUGAUGGAAAAUAUGGAGCAAGGGAUGCAGACACAAAAAUCUGGAAUGGGAUGGUAGGGGAACUUGUUUAUGGGAAAGCAGAGAUUGCUAUUGCCCCUCUGACAAUCACUUUGGUCCGAGAGGAGGUCAUUGACUUCUCUAAGCCCUUCAUGAGUUUGGGCAUAUCUAUUAUGAUCAAAAAGCCUCAGAAAUCUAAACCAGGAGUGUUUUCCUUCUUGGAUCCUCUGGCCUAUGAGAUUUGGAUGUGCAUAGUCUUUGCCUACAUUGGUGUCAGCGUGGUCUUGUUCCUAGUUAGUAGGUUUAGUCCAUAUGAGUGGCACACAGAAGAGCCAGAAGAUGGAAAGGAAGGACCCAGCGACCAGCCUCCCAAUGAGUUUGGCAUCUUUAACAGCCUCUGGUUUUCCCUGGGUGCUUUUAUGCAGCAAGGAUGUGACAUUUCACCCAGAUCCCUCUCAGGUCGAAUUGUUGGAGGUGUGUGGUGGUUCUUUACACUCAUCAUUAUAUCAUCUUAUACUGCUAACCUCGCUGCUUUCCUGACUGUUGAGAGAAUGGUCUCCCCCAUAGAAAGUGCAGAAGACCUGGCCAAGCAAACAGAAAUUGCCUAUGGAACAUUGGAUUCAGGGUCAACAAAAGAAUUCUUCAGAAGAUCAAAAAUAGCAGUGUAUGAAAAGAUGUGGACCUACAUGCGAUCAGCAGAGCCAUCAGUGUUCACUAGGACUACAGCUGAGGGAGUAGCUCGUGUCCGAAAAUCCAAGGGCAAAUUUGCCUUUCUCCUGGAGUCCACUAUGAAUGAAUACAUUGAGCAGCGAAAGCCAUGUGACACAAUGAAAGUGGGAGGAAAUCUGGAUUCGAAAGGCUAUGGAGUAGCAACACCCAAGGGUUCUUCAUUAAGAACUCCUGUAAACCUUGCCGUUUUGAAACUCAGUGAGGCAGGCGUCUUAGACAAGCUGAAAAACAAAUGGUGGUACGAUAAAGGUGAAUGUGGACCCAAGGACUCUGGAAGCAAGGACAAGACGAGUGCCUUGAGCCUGAGCAACGUAGCAGGCGUCUUCUACAUUCUGGUUGGCGGCUUGGGCUUGGCAAUGCUGGUGGCUUUGAUAGAGUUCUGUUACAAGUCCAGGGCAGAAGCGAAGAGAAUGAAGCUGACCUUUUCUGAAGCCAUAAGAAACAAAGCCAGAUUAUCCAUCACUGGGAGUGUAGGUGAAAAUGGCCGCGUCUUGACACCCGACUGCCCAAAGGCUGUACACACUGGAACUGCAAUUAGACAAAGUUCAGGAUUGGCUGUCAUUGCAUCAGACCUACCAUAA